AUGCACGCCUGGUCGCCCUUCCCCGGGGAGCGAACGAGCCAGCCCCAUCCCCGAACUCGGCGGCGGGGAGGUUCCGGCGGACAAAGUCCGAGUCCGGGCCGGCCCGCGGGGCUCCCACCGCAGCCCCCCGCCCCGGGGAGCGGACACCAACAUGGAGGCACGCCUGAGGAGGAAGCCCCGCAGCAGCCGGCGCCCCGCAGCCGGAGCAGCCCCACCGCCUCCCGCCCCGCAACCCCAAGGGAGCCGCUGCCCCCCGCCCGCCCCUCAGGGCCGCCUCGCCAGGACACAGACCAGAGCGGUGGGCUGAGUUCGGCCACCACCCCUCUCUCCACCAAGAGUCCCACGGAAAGCGCCGGGCCGGAGGGAGCUGGAGCCCGUGUCGCUUCCUCAUUCACCCAGCGCCAGGCGGGGCAGGAACUGCCGAGCAGAGAGAGACCCGCACCAGGGGCAGGUACCAGCACUCACCCACGUCCAAGAAGACCUCGGGGACCGCUGCCACGCCGAGUUCCGAGCUCCGUCCCAGGAAAAAGAGUGACUGAAGCAAGGCGGGAGAGAGCCCGCAGGCUCCCUCCGCCACGGCCCGGCCCGGCGCUCCCCGCCCCGUACUCCCGCUCCGCCCACGGGGCGCAGCUGCGGGCCGCGCUCACCUGCUGCUGCCGCCGCCGCACCACCGGCCCCGCCCCGGAGGCGCUGAGGGAGGCGGCAGCGUCGCCCGCUCCCCCUUCUUUUUGCUCCCUGUCUUGUUGGAGGCGGUCGCUCUUGGGAGAGGCUGAGACCUUGCGUCUGCGGCCCCGCGGAGGGCCCCGGGCUGGCCGGGCGCCCACGCCGGGUACCUUGGUUCGGCCGAAGGGCCCCGCCACUCCCUGGCGCGGUUGA